ACGGGGAGUGCGCUUAGCAGUUAGUUCGAUUCGUUUCAUCGUUUUCAUCCAGACUGACCAAACUUCCCAGCGGGGCGGUUAUGUAGUUACGUUGCUACGUCGGGAUGCGCGGGUACAAAAACAAACGCACGAUGGUUGCCAGUGGCCGUUAUGACGUCAGGGAGUUGAUGGCCGUUCGUGUAACUGUUGUACAUAGCCUAGCAUGUUUUCUUUCUAAUCUACAAUAAAAUAAAACAACAUAUACAUUAUGAAACCACUGGAUUCAGAUGAGGAGGAAGCGGAGCAGCUUUCCGAUUAUCAAAAGGAGCUGAGGCAGCGGGCCCACCAGAGCAUCCAGCACCUGAGCAGCACUUUGGAACAGCUACGGGCUGAUGAUGAAGAGGUCAGAGGCAAUGAUGGCAGCUCCUUCACUACCUCAGCAGAAGACGACAAGGCAGCGUGGAGCCAUAAGACACAGAGUGAAGCAGUUAAUCAGCUGAAGAGCCUUCUACUGAAGCAGCACAGAGAAAUCUCUGCUCCUUUGUCUGCAUUUAAGAAACAGUCUCCAGCCAAGAAGGCACAACAGGAGGAAAGACCCAGUCCGCCUCCCUUUCAAGAUUUGGUCCCCAUGAUUCAUAACCAGUCAGAGUACAUCAAACACCUGGAAGCUGAGGUCAAGUUCUGCAAGGAGGAGCUGCAGGGGAUGAAACAGCGGAUCACAGUGGUGGUAGUCGAGAAUGAGAAGCUGCAUUCAGAACUCAAAUCCAAAGCCAUGGUUGAAUCUUUGAAAGAUUACACAAUCCGCAACUCUACGGUAAAUGAGAGUAUAGCAGCAGACACUCAUACAGCCUCUAACACAGACAACAGCGUGCUGCAGAGAGCAGAACACAUCACAUGGAAGAAUGCACUGGAACAGCUAAAAGUGAUCUACCAGACACAGAUUGAAAGCUUGGAGGCUCAGGUCCUUUCCCUCAGGAGGGACCUAUCAGUCAGCCAGAAGGAGUGUGAGGAGUUGAAGAUUCGUCUGAGACAAAGGGAGAAACAUGCUACAAAUGCAGUGAGGACUGAUGGGGCUCCACGAGUAUCAGGACUGUGUCUGAAGUGUGCACAGCAUGAGGCAGUUUUGGCAGAGACACAUACAAAUCUGCAUGUCCAGGCUAUUGACAGGCUCACAAAAGAGCGUGAUGAGUUACUCACAGCUCUAUGUGCUGUGCGUGCUAGUCAGCAAGAAGCUCAACAAAGGGAGUGGUCUGCCUGUCUCCAGGUCAAACAGGCUGUGGAGAUGGCAGAAGAAGCAAAUCUGCACAAAGCUAGGGUGGAGGUACAGUGUGAACAGUUGUCCAGGGAGCUGGUUCGACAAAGGGAGCAGCUGGAACGAGAAGCACAGGCUUUGCAGGAGAGAUUGACUGCUGCCAGAGAGGAGGGUCGGGCUGAGACUAGCAAACAGAAAGAUGAGCUGGCACAUACAGUGUCCAGCCUCUCGCAGCACGUUGCAGAUUUAGAAGGGCAGCUUGACAGAGCCAUAAGGGACAAGAACUCACUGACAAGUCAGCUGGAAGACACCCUUCGCUCAUUUACCAAUCAGGAACAGGACAAUACCAAGGUUUGUGUGGAUCUGCGAUAUCAGCUCAACCAGUCACUACUGAAGAGGGACGAGGCAGAGAGAGAGCUCAGAGAGCUAAACGCAAAGACCAACAGACAGAUGGAACAAGCUGCACAGGAAGUGGAAAGGCUGAGCUCAGAGCUGGUUGGCUGUCGGCAGCAUCUGGAGGCAGUCCAAAAGGACGGUAGCCAAUGGCAGGCCGAAGCCCUGAGCCUAGCAGAACAGCUGGCAAAUGCCCAGCGCCAACUGCACCUCACCAGACAGGACCUGGAGAACGCAGGACGGGCCCACAAGGAGGAACUGAGUUCUGUGGUCCUUUCAGCGCGGGACAGGGAGCGAGAGCUGAAUGUACUUCUGGAGCAAACAGAGUCUCAACACCAGCAGAGAGUUUUUGUGCAGCUAGGACGUCUGAGCUCCCCCAACACGCUUCAGCAGACCGCUCUCCCUUGGUUGAUUGCAGUUGGAGAGCUGGACGACCUACUGAGCUCCCAGAACUCCCUGAUCAAGAAGCUGAAGGACGAGUGCUGCAAACUUGGUGUCAAACUGGAAGAACUGACAGAAAACAGCAGGAGUGAGUUGGAGCAGCUGGGCCUGGAAAAGCAGCACCUAGAGGAGACCGUGCAGAGUCUGAGAGCCCGGUGCUCCGUCAUGGAGGAACAGUGCGUCCAGCACGGCCGCAUGCACCAGCGCAUGAAGGACAGGAGGGUUAGCAGAGUAGGAAUCCGACUGCCAAAAGUGGAUUGGCUGGGAAGUUGGCAACUAACUUCUCUCUUCUCCCAACUGAACCACGAUAAUCACUCUUGGCAUUUAGUGAGUUUUAUUUUCUGCUUUGACACUUAGUUGGUUGAUGAAUCCUCCUGAUAUUUAAAAAUCUCUCGAGUUCAGUUCUACAUGAGGUCACUUUUAGAGUGACAAUUAAGCCGCUUGACCACAUUUUGUGUUUGAUUUCUAGAGGUAAUUCUUCUGGUUGGAAGUGUGCGCGUUCACCGAUGCAUUAAUUAGCUUUAGGCAGUAAAUACAUGCAUUUGUGGUGUUUAUUAAAUUUUAAAGUGAUUUAGUAAAAGGAGGUGCAGCAGAGAGACGAUGUGUAACUCACAUUUACCUUCACAGUUCUAUGUAACUGUAUUUAUUAAUGUCCUGUAACAAAUCUAAAACAAUAGACACGCAAUAUUUUCCUCCUAUCGCUUUGAUUCGAGUUUAAUAUUUAUUUGCUAAUAUAAACGAUCUCCAGCUUUUAUUGCUCCGCUGAGCGAUAGAGGGCUCGUAUGUGUGCGUGUGCAUAUUGGUGCGUGUCAGUCUCUCCAUAUGGUGCCGUCCUGGCCCUGAAUAACAUGCGUGUGCUCAUAACGAUCCGCUGGCGUGUCCAUACAUCGGGUAUACGUCGCCGGGUCCCCCGCGGGUCCCCGCGGGUCCCGGGUGCUGGUCGGGCGCCCUGCCGCGUCGCUCGGGGGUUAAGGUGUAUGUGUUAACAAGCUGGUGCAAGUGGGUUCAAUAUCCAGCGCCCCGCCCCUCCCCACAGCCUCUCCACCGGCCUGCAAUCUGUGCUGCGAAGAGCGGCAACAGCGCACCACGCACAAAACAUUUGGAAAAUCAGCUUGAUUUAUUUUUACAUGGGCAAGCUGAUUGCCAAACUACACAGGGGUUUUAGCACACAAUGUUUUGCUGCACCAUUUAAUUAUUUAUUUCACUAUUUCUGUGUUGUUGUUUUUUUUUUCCUCCUCCGUUUUUUUUUUCAUUUUUUUGGAAAUGAAGGAGUGGAGCAGCCGAGCAGCCAGUUACGCUUGGAGCGCGUCAGAUAAUCAAUUGAAGGUUAUUAUUUUGACUAAAAAUCGCAUUUUGCUAUUGAAGACAUGUUUUAUAUUUAGCUACCUUCAACUCUUUAACAAUCUUUAUUUGGUUCUUGACCUCUUUUAUGGUUAAUAAUCAGCUUUUUAUCAAACUGAAAAAGAGCAGGUGAUGAAUAAACUACAGUGUUGUCAUCAUGAAGCGCCUCCGUUUGCUUGGUCGAAAGGCCAGGUCCUUAUUAUUGACCUUACUGAGACUGUGAAGAAACGACGUAACAAUAAAUAUGUUGAUCGCAGUUGAGCGCUGUCUUGCAGCCACAGUUAAUUGCGAUACAACCACAUGUUUAAAAUAGAAAUGAGAAGUAAACUUUUUGGAAAUUCUUUUUUACUGUAGGUUAAAAUAAUUGUUGGGCUUUAGGGUUAGAAACACUGGUCUCUGAUUUCUCUGCUGGUUCCUUUUUACAUUUCUUUAACCGUAACGUCUUCUUGCCUCUGCUCGCCUCCCCCCUCUCCUCCCCCCAACUCACCCUUUUCCUCUCUCGUUAUCUCUU